CUCUUAGGUAACUGCGUAGAUGAUUGGUGCUUAUCUUGAUUGACACAACUUCGGACCAAUUGCUGCGCUGGCGUCAACUCUGCAUUAACUUUGAAACUCGGAAGCGGUUCACCCCACAGCAGCUAUUUUUGAAUUCUGUACAGCGAAGAAGUGGUCAGAAAAAGGUCGUUAUCUCCGUUGAGAUGUCCCGGGAACAACUUGCUGUACAACAGGCCAGGAAGUCUUUCUUGACAGGAAGAAGCAGACCUUUGGCCUUCAGGGUUCAGCAGCUGAAGAAUCUGCUGCGCUUUAUUUCGGAGAGAAGAAGGGACAUUUCAGAUGCUGUCAAAAGGGACGUUGGCAAGAGUGAACAUGCUACUGAGCUCUUUGAGACACUUGGACUGGAGGGAGAGAUCAAACUGGCCAUAGACAGGAUGGCAGAGUGGGCAGCCCCACGGCCGGUCGAGAAGACCCUCGUCACUCUAUCAGAUGAGGUUUACAUCCAGCCAGAACCUCUGGGAGUGGUACUCAUCAUUGGGGCCUGGAACUACCCAUGGGCCGUCACCCUUCAGCCACUAGUUGGUGCUAUCGCUGCUGGUAAUGCAGCAGUGAUAAAGCCAUCUGAGGUCAGCUCACAUUCCUCACAGGUUAUGGAGAACCUUCUCCCUCAGUAUCUUGACAAAGAUCUGUACCCAGUGGUCGCAGGUGGCGUUUUAGAGACUCAGGAGCUACUGAAGCAAAGGUUUGACCACAUCUUCUACACAGGAAGCAGUACCGUGGGGAAACUGGUGAUGGAGGCUGCAGCUGAUCACCUCACCCCGGUGACGCUGGAGCUGGGAGGGAAGAGUCCCUGCUACAUUGACAACAACUGUGACCUCACUGUUGCAUGUCGCCGGAUCACAUGGGGGAAGUUUGUUAACUGUGGUCAGACAUGCAUUGCUCCAGACUACAUCCUGUGUGAACCUUCCAUUCAGAGCAGAGUGGUGGGGGAGAUUAAGAAGAGCAUCAAGGCCCUGAGCACCAGAGCCAUAGAAGCCCAGAUCUACCACACCAGACAAGACCCAAGGUGUAGACUGUGCAAAGAGGCCCCUGAGACGGUCCAACACAUAACUGAAUUUUACACAGACAAUCCAAAGACCUUUGCGGACUACGGACGCAUCAUCAACCAGCAACACUACAAGAGGAUUAUGACCCUGAUGGAGGGGAGCACUGUUGCUGUUGGUGGAGACAGCGAUGAAUCUCAGUGCUAUAUAGCACCGACCGUGUUGAAGGAUGUUAAAGUGGAAUCCAAAGUGAUGAAAGAGGAGAUCUUUGGGCCCCUGCUUCCUAUCGUCACAGUGAGUGGCGUGGACGAGGCGAUCCAGUUUAUUAACGGGAGAGAGAAACCACUGGUUGUCUACGUUUUCUCGCACAACAGUAAGCUGAUUAAAAGGGUUAUCGCUGAGACCUCCAGUGGUGCUUUCCUGGCUAAUGACUGCCUGGUCCACUUUACUGUCAGCUCUCUGCCCUUUGGAGGAGUGGGUAACAGUGGCAUGGGCUGCUACCAUGGUCAGCACGGCUUUGAUCAGCUCAGCCACAUGCGCAGCUGUCUGAUCAAGCGUCUGAACAUGGAGGGAGUGAACAGCAUGCGAUACCCACCGCACACCGCCAAGAAACUGAGCUGGGCUCGAUUCCUUUUGCUUAAGCAAGUGAAUGUCUCCAGGCUCCACCGCGGGGCAACACUGGCCAUGUUGGUUGCCUUGGCAGUGUUGGUGGUGAAGCGGUUCCUGCGAUCAGGCUAAGCAGCAGGAAGCUGUGACCUCGGGACCAGGUGAUGUGAAGUCCUGUAAUUUCCUAAUCCGUGUGCAGACACACUUUUUAUUGCGUUUGUAAAAUCCGGAUCUGUAUAUUUAAAGUGACCUAGUAAAUGGAGACUGUAUGGUUACAUGUUACAAAAAAUACUCCUUCAUCCUUAGUAUUUUAGAGCCAGUUGUUUCCCGUGAUACCACUGCUUAACAUUUGCUUCAGUUUAAUUCAGAUGUUUUGUUGUUUUUAUUGUGUCUUUAAACACUGUCUUUAAUGACUGUAGGCUUCAUAAAUCUCACCAGUGGCGACUUGUCAACCAGAUCUCAGUGUUAUUGUAAUGUAAGGCAUGGACACUGUUUGAGAUAAAUGUUGCAAAAGACUCCACACAAUUCAUUGAGCAAAACCAACUUAUCUAAUUAUUGAAUAAAGAUGCUGCUUUGAAUGAA